AUGGAGCUAGCUCUACACAUGUCCGCUUAUUUUUGCAGAGAGAACUCUCUAACCCAUUACUGCCACUCCAAUUUCCUCACAACCCAAGAUUACCAAAAGACUCUUUUUCCUCAUUUCACCAGAAAAUCCCAAUUGCAGCAGCCUAAGAAUCGAAUAAACAGGACUUCGAAAAUUGUGGCUUCAGCCACAAAACAACGGCUUUGGAUUAGCGAACAACAGCAAGGCCAAGAAGAAGAAGAAGAAGAAGCGGAAGAAGAAGAGGAAGAGGAUGAGGAAGAUGAAGAAGAAGAAGAGUACGCUUAUUCGGAGGACGAGUCAUCAUUGUUGUCUCUGAGUGUGAAGCCUGACAGGAGCAUAGCUUUGCUCGAUGAAUAUGAGAUAGAGGAGCUUGACUAUGCCAUCGACCCUAACCAUAGAAGUGGGUAUGUGGCUGUUCUGGGAAAGCCAAAUGUAGGGAAAAGUACUCUUUCAAACCAAAUGGUUGGUCAGAAGUUGUCCAUAGUUACUGAUAAACCUCAAACUACUAGGCAUCGAAUUCUUGGUAUAUGUUCUGGCACAGACUAUCAGAUGAUACUUUAUGACACACCGGGUGUUAUCGAGAAGAAAAUGCACAAGUUGGAUUCUAUGAUGAUGAAAAAUGUUCGCAGUGCUGUCAUUAAUGCAGAUUGUGUACUUGUUCUUGUUGAUGCAUGUAAAGUGCCUGAAAAAAUCGAUGAAGUGUUGGAAGAAGGUGUUGGUAACCAGGAAGAUAGGUUGCCGCCCACUUUGCUGGUGAUGAAUAAGAAGGAUUUGAUUAAGCCUGGUGAAAUUGCAAAGAAACUAGAGUGGUAUGAGAAAUUUACAAACGUUGAUGAGGUCAUACCUGUGAGUGCUAAACAUGGGCAGGGAGUGGAAGACGUCAAGCAUUGGAUUUUAUCAAAACUUCCUUUUGGGCCAGCAUAUUAUCCAAAGGACAUUGUCAGUGAGCACCCAGAAAGAUUCUUUGUAUCUGAAAUUGUUCGAGAAAAGAUCUUUAUGCAAUACCGUAAAGAGAUUCCUUAUGUGUGUCAGGUGAAUGUCGUGAGCUACAAAACUAGGCCAACGGCGAAAGAUUUUAUACAAGUUGAAAUUGUUGUUGAAAAGAACUCGCAGAAGAUCAUUGUUAUUGGCAAAGAAGGGAGAGCUCUGAAGCUACUUGCAACAGCUGCACGGCUUGACAUAGAAAAUUUUUUACAGAAGAAAGUUUUUCUGGAGGUUGAAGUGAAGGUUAAAGAGAACUGGCGGCAAGAUGAAGUGCUUUGA